AAACACUGAAGUAAAUGUCAUGAAAGUAAACUUCAUAGCUAAUAGUGUUCGAAGGCGUCUCGCUCGCGGUUAUUAAACCUUACAUCUUGGGCUAACUAACAAUAGGCGUUGCGUUGGCCGCUCGUUGAGAUAUUAUAUGGCCUACUGACAGCUGUUUGGAUUGAAGCCCAACGUCCGCUGCCAGUAGCAAUUUCACAAUGCCUCCCAGUUUUGUAUUUCGAAUUGAAAAAUUAACACCAGCAUUCACUCCACAAAACACAUUUUUAUUGGAAUUUUUAUACGACUUUUAUUAUGAAACAUUGUUAUAUAUAACCUGCGUGUUCAACACGUUUUCAAAAUAAGAUGUCAGUUUAUAACAUAUAUUUUCAUUUGGUACAGCUGAUAACAGAGAUAAAUGUCCAACUGGCUCUGUUCCGAGACCUUCUGAUCCACUUCGGCCAGCCACACGACUGUCCAGAGCUUCGGGAGCGGGUCAGGCGACUUCGACGAGCCUGUGUGGAAGCCACCAAACAGACCAGCCAGCUCGUCCUGCCUAACAGUAAAAAGUCCUCAAGCGAAGGGUGCACAGAGCAGUCGCAGUUGGUGCUGCUGUACUUCAUGUCCCAACUCCUACUGCGAGAGCUCGCGAAGUGUCAUCGACUCGUCCAGCUCGUGCCCAUGGAUAUGACUUCAUAUUACGAAAAUCGCGCCGGUCCGUCCAAUUUCGGCAACGUCAUCAGUCAAAUACUGCUGUGCAAACAGAUCACGCCCGACUUUAACCAAGAGGAGCUCUGCAGCAUCGCCAAGGACACGCAGGAAAUCACAAGAAUAGUUAACGACAUUCAAGAAUACUUACCGCAACAUGAAAGUCUUAAUCACUUAGAGAGUAAUGUCGCACUGAAAGGUGACGACGUUAACGGACUGUGGCGGGACAAACGAAGAGGAUCUCUGUACAAAGGCAUGGGUGUACUGUGUUGCGUAUCACGGCCUAACUACCUCUGAGGGUGACGGGUCUCGCCCACGAGGCGGCUUAGCUUGGAACAAACGCCAAUGACAUCAACGAUAAGCUAAGCGUGAACGUGUCCAGCAAGGCGCAAAGAACUUUGAAGUGUUCAGCGGUGAAAAUAAACAAUCAAUUCCUAUAGUGAAUGACGUGUUACGUUAAAUGUACAGAACAAAUGAAUGGGUCCAUUAAAUUGUUAAAUGUAACUAGAGAAUUGAACGAUGGAGUCGGUCGAGCAACUACUGUGCACGUGACAAUUACUUAAGUAGUUCAAUUAUGUACCUAAGUAUAAAUAUCAUGAGUAGUAAGUAUAUAUGCAUUAAAUCAUGCAAAUGUAUCAUUAUAAAUUGCCUGGAGCGGGAUCAAUUGCGUUUAAGUAGAUUGUAAUAUUGUAGUUACUAUAAACAUAUUUUUUGCAGAAUACGUUAUUCGAGAAAAAACAUUGGAGUGUUUUCUCAAAGCUCAGUAACUUUGUAGUUUGUUCUCGCGGCCAACAUUUCAUUUGAAGCAAUCUUUCUGCAACCCUUAUAAUCCGUCACGUAAGGCAUUCUCUUUCAUGUUUUGUAACGGGAAUGUAUAUUAUAAUAAUGUACAUAUUUUUAUUCCAUCCACAAACAUUGCACAUUACGCCACACCUAAAAUUAAUAACACUUAUUUUAUCUGUAGUAAGUUUCCUAAAAGUAUUACGGUUAUAAAUAUAGUAACCUAAAAUCGUUCAAAGCAUAGAAUUUUGUACACUGUAUAAUAUGAAACAUUUU